AUGGUUGAAAAUGGAAAGACCACAGUAAAGAAGCAAGUUUGUUCAAGCGUUCUUCUCAUCUGCUUCAUCUUUCUUUUUGCAAGUUCUUUAAGUGUCGAGGCUCAGACCUGCAGGCCUAGUGGUAAGAUAAGGGCCAGAGAGAUCCCUCCAGGACACUGCAAUGAAGAGAGUAUUGACUCUGUUUGCUGUAUAAAAGGCAAGCUUUACACUACUUACAAAUGUUCACCACCAGUGACUAAUCACACAAAGGCAACACUAACACUUAAUAGUUUCGAGAAGGGUGGAGAUGGCAGCUUGCCAUCAGAAUGCGAUAACCAAUACCAUUCUGACGAGACACCGGUCGUCGCCCUUUCGACGGGAUGGUUUAAUCACAGGAGCAGGUGCAUGGAUUAUAUUAACAUCCAUGGUAAUGGAAGGAGUGUUAAGGCCAUGGUAGUUGAUGAAUGUGAAUCUUCUAUGGGGUGUGAUGCUGACCAUAAUUACCAGCCUCCUUGUCCUCACAACAUUGUUGAUGCAUCUAUGGCUGUUUGGAAGGCAUUGGGAGUUCCAUUAAGCCAAUGGGGUGAACUGGAUAUACAUUGGUCGGAUGCUUGA